GCAACGUAAAGUGAAAUGAAGCGAGCAUCAUUGUUUAUAAACAUUGACGUUGGUGUUCUCUACGUCUCAUCGAUUCCAAGCAGAAAAUUAAAUACUCAUGGUUUUAAUGAAAUUUUAAUUAUCCUAUAAGAAUGAUUCAAUCGAAAAAACCUUCAAGUGAUGUUCAGCUUUCGAAAUCCUUGUCAUGGCUUUUAAGACAUGGUGCAACUAAAAAUGGUUUAAAUCUUGAUGAAGGCGGUUAUGUUGACAUCCAAAAUAUCUUAAAACUCGAACAAUUUAAAAGAUAUAAUUUUGACGACAUCGUAAGAGUUGUCAACAAUAAUGACAAAAAGCGUUUUACUUUACGCCAUAAAGAAGGAGAUGAUAAAUCUCUACAAAUCCGAGCUAAUCAAGGACAUUCAAUUCCGGUAAAUGAUGACAAAUUAUUAACGUUGCUAACGAAAGAUACUAUCCCAUCCUGUGUAUACCAUGGAAGUUAUCUUACGAAACUUGAGAAAAUAAAAGAGAAGGGCUUAAGUAAAAUGAAUCGAAAUCACAUUCACUUCACUGGAUGUUUACCUGAUGAAGGACAAAUAAUAAGCGGAAUGCGUGGUAGUUGUGAUGUUAUCAUUGCAGUUGAUGCAAUAAAAGCAAUAGAAGACGAGUUUAAAUUUUAUAUAUCAGAUAAUAACGUUAUAUUAUGUAGUGGAAACGCUGAAGGACUCUUACCUCCCAUGUAUUUUAAGGAUAUAAGUGUUAGACUGAAAAAUUCUCAAUGAUAUUAAGAGACAUUAAUGAAUACCUUUCCUUAAUAAUGUGAACACCUUAUUUGGAUGGGAUUGUUUGGAACACAGAGUUUAUUUAAAAUAUUUAUUGAUCACUUAUUUAUAUUUUUUUGUUGAUUCUAAUAAAUUUUAUGUAUCAGCCA